UCUAUAGUAAUAAUCUAAUAGAAUGAAGUAAUCAUUCCCUAGCAUAUUGCUCUGAAAAAAUUUUAAUUGUAUAUUAAUUCGAAUAAAGUAUUUUACAAUUGAUGGGAUAUCAGUUCUAUUUCGAUGAAAUAAAUUAAGUUGAAGUUUGUGAAGAAAUACCGAAUAAAAUUUAAAAAAUGAUAUUCUUUAGAAAUCAUAGGGAUUUUUAUUUGGCUAAAUAAAUUUGAUUUUGUCUGUUUUGGAUCUGAUAACAAAACAAUUAAGAAACUAUAUACCUAUAUGACGUUCGUUUAUCUUAAACAAUAUGACAACAUUGGAUUUAUGAAUUUAUCUUUUUUUAUUCAAUCGUGACAUUAUUGUCUUCGCUAGAUAUGUAAUAUAAAAAAUAUAUUAUUCAACUAAAGUAAAAUUGGUAUGUCAACAGAUGAUAAAUGUGAAAAACCUAUAAAAUACAUAUAUCCACCUGCAAAAGAUCUUGGUGUUAUAAUAAAUGAAGUACGAUGUGAAGAGUGUAAUUUAGUUUUCUACAAUGAAUCUCGAUUUCGAAUGCAUGAUUUGAAAGUACACAAAAGGAAACAUUUAGAGAAAAUUUGUAAAGAAAAUGUACGAUAUAAAUGUCCUGUUAAUGACUGCAUUUAUGCAGCUAAUAGGCAGAAAUCUUUUACACUCUACAAAUAUCUUAAACAGCAUUAUUUAAAAGUUCAUGCGGAUAAAAAUUUCAUAUGUACGUGUUGUACAAAAAGCUUCUCAACAGAUGCCGCAAAAAAAGCUCAUAUCCGAGUGUGUGGUACAAACUUCAUUUGUGAAUGCCAAAAAAUAUUCAAUAGCCUUGAAGCACUACUCACACAUGGCAAAAGAAACUCUCAUAAAAUAGAUGAAAAAUAUAGAUUUAAAAAGAGCAAAAAAGCUACUAUAGAAAAUAAUAAUACACCUCAUAAAUUUUCAAGGAUUUUAAUCGCAACAAAAUCUAUUCAAUCUAGUAAAAAUUCAAAUAUUUUUAUUUUACCUAAACCUAUGUGCGAUACAGCAGUUCAAACUGAAAAAUCUGAAGUCAUUAAUACAUUAGAUAUUUUUAAAAUUAAAAGUUCCAAGAGCCAUGUAUGCAGGUAUACACAGACAAGUGAUUGUCCAAAAGAAAAGCAGACUAAAAAAUCUACAGAAACUCAAACUGUAAAAGCAAUUCCACGAGUGAUAAGAGUUCGUCAAGUUGGAAAGCGUAAAAAAAUUUCCAUAGACAAAAAUUUCAUUUCAAAAGAAGAUAUAAAUAUAGUUCAGAGUCUUUCAUCGGAGUACUUAUUACCGGAUAGUCCACUUUCAUUAAGACAUGAUAUAAUUCUACAAGAUUUGUGGGAAGAGAAAAGUACCUCUGGAACUCAAACUAGUCCAGAAAAGAAUAUAUUUGGUGAUACUGAGGACUUUUCCAUGCAACAUUCAGAGUAUCAAGGAAUAUCUAGAUCUGAUCCAAUGUUGACUGAAGAAUUUGUCAAUAGAUAUAGCAGCAUUGAAACUCAAACAGAAAAGGGGUACUGUAAAUCUUUAUUUGAAGCUGAUCCAAUGAGUUCUAAUAACGAGACACAGACCACGGAAAAUUUUACUGAAACCAUGGAAUUUAAUAAUACUUACACUCAAACAUGUGACGAAAUUUUGUCUUCUGAUAUUGUUGGAUUGUCUGACAUACAGACUCAGACAGCAUGGACCCAUUUAGAUGAAACAACUGUUUCUACAGAAACGCAAACUAAAGCUUUAAAAUGUAUAUCUGGUUGUAAUGAUUCUAAUUCAUGGUUCGCGACACAAAUGAACCAUAUGGAGACGCAAACUGAUUUAUUGAACAUGUUUGACGUUUUAACUUAAAC